UUGGCAUUCAUCGUUCAAGCCAUAUUUACACCACUGCUCUUGGUGAAGCCGCCCUCUGGCCUCGUCUAGAUGACAUCCCACCCACACCUUAGCACCUUUGACUUCUUUCGCGGUACCCACUCUCCUCUACUGGGUGUCGUAAUCACGAGGCUGCUUAUCCUCACUUUAUCUUGCUUAGCUGUUCUGCCCACUGCGUAUCUAGCACGGUCCCUCACACUGCUGGGCUGACUAAGGGUAUAUGGAAGAGACUGUACUCAGUUUUGCAUCUUACAGGCAAAACUGCAUUCUUGGAGCGUUCUCCAGUGCCUUACAUUUCAUUGAUGUGUUUCGGUCUCUGAGCCUUCUUUCAAAAAUUUGUCUUUUCUACUGCCAAAACUGUACUUCCAGCGUUUGUCACACCAUAGUUAUAUGUCAUUAACAGAAAGCUGAGAAUUAGCUUGGCAUUAUUAUUGAAGCAUUCUUUAAAUGCACAUCUUGAAAUAUUUAGCAUGCCUUCCACUUUCAAGAUUUAUUCCAGUCAAACUUGGUUAUUAGUUAAAAAAACAAAAACCAGGAGGGAUUCUUUUGAACUUUGAUUGGCCAUAUUCUUGCAUCCUUGUCUUCCUGCAGAUCUGAUUUGUAUCCACUAUAACCAGCACUGCUCACUGAGGAUUUUCUGGAUCCAGACCACGGGGUCCAGAGUACACUGAAACUUCCUCAGCAAGAAGGAGACUGUAAUUUCGGAUUCCUUGCCGGAAGGAAAAACCAACCCACUCCCGCCUUGCUUCCAACGAUGCAAGUGUGAUUACCGGCGUCUUCAUGAGCUCCAGAGGUCACAGCACACUACCACGGACUCUCAUGGCCCCUCGGAUGAUUUCCGAGGGAGACAUAGGAGGCAUUGCUCAAAUCACCUCCUCUCUCUUCCUGGGCAGAGGCAGCGUGGCCUCCAACCGGCAACUCCUCCAAGCUCGUGGGAUCACCUGCAUCAUUAAUGCUACCAUUGAGAUCCCCAAUUUCAACUGGCCCCAAUUUGAAUAUGUUAAAGUGCCUCUGGCUGACACGCCUCAUGCCCCCAUUGGACUGUACUUUGACACAGUGGCCGACAAGAUCCACAGUGUGAGCAGGAAGCACGGGGCCACCUUGGUGCACUGUGCUGCAGGGGUGAGCCGAUCGGCUACUCUCUGCAUCGCUUACCUUAUGAAAUACCACAAUGUGUGCCUGCUGGAGGCGUACAACUGGGUGAAAGCCCGGAGGCCUGUCAUCAGGCCCAAUGUGGGCUUCUGGCGGCAGCUGAUAGACUAUGAGCGCCAGCUCUUUGGGAAGUCGACAGUUAAAAUGGUACAGACACCUUAUGGCAUAGUUCCAGACGUUUAUGAGAAAGAGUCCCGACACCUGAUGCCUUACUGGGGAAUUUAAUGCCACCAAAGCCUGCAUCAGCAGCCCCUUGAGCAGUACCAGCAUCUGCUAUACGCCGUCUGCUCCCCUCUUCACCUUUCUUUUUCAAAUGGUUGACUUUUGGUUCUCCCUGGAGUGUUUUUUACACUGGGUGUUCAAAUUUAUUUUACGAGAUAGAAGGGAGGGGAGGGACAUAAGGGAAUGCAUACAUUGCUAGUAACAUUUUUAAAACUAACAUUUUGGAUAGUGUUUAUGAAAAUCUUCAACUGGCUUUUAAUCAUUUUUAACAAUUUGAACAGUUUAUAUAAAACUGUUAGGUUCUGCUCUGUCCUGAAUCCCAGGCCUUUUGGCACCACUGUAGGUGCUGAAGGAGCUCGGUGCAAAAAACAUCACUUUGGGCCCCAGUUAACUCUUUAGAGCAGAGCUUUGCUUAAGGCUGCCAACCAAACAGAUGCUUAGGGAAGACUGAUACCAGCUUCAGUCUCUACUGGAUUGGUAGCCCUACUCUCUCCUUUUCCCUCUAUUAUUUAGUGACUCUGUAAGUUAAAAUAAGCAAACCUUUGUUAUUUAGCUGUUAAGUAAUCAUAAUGAAAUCUGCUGCAAAGACCCUCUUGAAAUCAAUGUGUCCCGGGAUUACAUUAGCAUUAUUUUUAAUAAAUAUAUCUGCUUAACA